AUGGCGUGUGUGACGGUGACCUUGAUGGACCCCGCGGAAAUGCAAGGAACCUGGCUGGCUCCUGCUCUGCCAGGGCGGCUCGCGGUGUCUGGUCGCCAGUGUGUGCUUCCAGUCCAGUAUAUAGAUGUAAACAUUACUGUACUGCAUGCCCGCUGCUAUUCUCAUGGGUCACAAGAAUCAGAUGAAGAAUUUGAUGCUCGCUGGGUGACGUAUUUCAACAAGCCAGAUAUUGACGCCUGGGAGCUCAGGAAAGGCAUAAACACGCUUGUGGGUUAUGACCUGGUUCCGGAACCAAAAAUCAUCGAUGCAGCUCUGAGGGCGUGCAGACGGUUAAAUGACUUCGCCAGUGCCGUCCGCAUCUUAGAAGUUGUAAAGGACAAGGCAGGACCUCACAAGGAAAUCUAUCCGUACGUUAUCCAGGAGCUUAGACCAACUUUGAGUGAACUGGGAAUCUCCACUCCAGAGGAGCUGGGCCUGGAUAAAGCAUAAACCUUAUCGGUAAGGGAUGCCGGUGCUGCCAA